AUGAUCCCUUCAAGACUUGGCUCACAGGGGGCACGAGUCCGUGAACGAUUGCGUGACGAACGCAACGACCGACGCUCACUAACCCGCUCGAGAACAAACACACGGCAACAACUCGGGGAGGAAUCUUCGCAAGCUCAAUCCACCAAUCUGCCUCACGAGCAAGGCAAACAAGGAGGUCAACCUCUUCAAGUUGACGAGGAAGUCAACUAUCCCUGCUUGAAUCACGAGGGUUGCCAAUGUGAUCGGCAAGCCAGGCGCACGGAGGACGUCGAGAAGCUCAUAAACGACCGACUUCGUAACUUCAAGAUUGGCGGAAAUUUCGAAGAUGCUCUACGCAAAGAGGUGGACCAAGCAAACUCUACGCCUUUCACUGCUGAAAUCGAGCAGGCUGCUCCCCCAAAGAGAUUCUCAACGCCUUCAUUCACGCAUUUCAAAGGGGAUCCCGAGAGCCAUCUAAAGCAUUUCAAAAGUGUCAUGAUGCUCUACAAGGCCAACGACGCGCUGAUGUGCAAGGUGUUUGCAAUGACCUUGCUAGGAGCAGCCCAAGACUGGUUUCACACCCUGCCAUCCGAGUCGAUCAGCAACUUCAAGGAGCUAGCUUACGUUUUCACCAAAGAAUACACUUCUUACCGGACGAUCAAGAAGAACCCUGAUCACCUGUUCAACCUGCAGAAGAAGUACGAUAAAUCCCUCCGAGAUUACAUCAAGAGGUUCAAAGCAGAAAGGGCAAACAUUAUUGGAUGUGACGAUCGAAUCGCAUCAUCGGCCUUCAAGAGAGGCUUGCCAAUUGAGUGUGAGCUGUAUCGCGAGCUGACUAUCUCUCCUUGCCAAACAUUGGUAGAAGUCUUCGCGACGGCAGAGCGCUAUGCACUUUAG